AGUUUGUUUAGUAAAUCGAUCUAAUGACGGGGCUACGGUGGCACCAUCCAAUGUGUCGCUACAGGAAUGAUAGGCCGCUCAGCUCUUCAAACCUUCCUUUUUGAUGUUGUCAAACAGCUUUUGCCGUUUUGCCAUUCUCAGUGUCACUCGGAUCCAUGUUGCACUUUGGUACUGCGCACUACCAGAGCACAACAGUACAACCGGAUAAAUGCACAUCCCGGGCAGGCACAGAAACACAGAUGGGAUUAUGGAUCGUUCAUGCCAGGGAUGUCCCUUGUUAUGGCUGUGAGAAUAAGAUGAAGCAAAGACCAGCAGGUAGAGGAAAGGAGAAGACUAGAGGGUGAACUGAAGAAGAGGAGAGAAGCAAAGAGAGGAAGAAGAAGGGUGAGGACAGCCAAGUUGAAACGGGAAUGAAGUAUCAUUCUGCUCCUCAGAGUAAGUCUCUGUUAGAAAUGGAAGAGGCAAACUAUUGUGAAGGCCUGGAUCCCUCUUACAGCACACUAGGCUUUGAGAAUGCAGAGGUGCUCUGUGGAGGAGGAGACAGCAUGCCGAUAGAGCCAGGCCUGACAGUCGGUCCAGACGGAGUCAGCAGUAAUUGUGCCAUCUGUGGAGACAAAGCCACAGGAAAACACUAUGGAGCCUCCAGCUGUGACGGCUGUAAGGGCUUCUUCAGGCGCUCCAUACGCAAGAGCCAUGUGUACACCUGCAGGUUCAGCAGACAAUGCGUUGUGGACAAAGAUAAGAGAAACCAAUGUCGUUUCUGCAGACUCAACAAAUGCUUCAGGGCUGGCAUGAAGAAAGAAGCUGUACAGAACGAGCGGGAUCGGAUCAGCUCCAGAAGAAGUAUCCCCGACACCCAGGACAUGCCACCCAUUACCAUCUUGGCCCAAGCUGAAUCACUGUCCCAACAGAUCACUGCCCCACUUGGAGUAGCAGACACAUCGGAGCAGAAGCCAGCGACUGUGGGAGAUGCAUGUGACUCGAUGAGACAACAGUUAUUGGUCUUGGUGGAAUGGGCCAAGUAUAUUCCUGCAUUUGGGGAACUGCCACUGGAUGACCAGGUGAGUUUGCUCAGGGCUCAUGCAGGUGAGCACCUUUUGCUUGGUGUCGCCAAAAGGUCAAUGCCAUUCAAGGACUUCCUGCUUUUAGGCAGUGGCUGUGUGAUCCACAGGAACAGUCCUGAACAAGAAAUGUACAAGGUAGCCAACCGAGUGCUGGACGAGCUGGUCCAGCCCUUCCAGGAAAUUCAAAUAGACGACAACGAGUAUGCAGCGCUCAAGGCUAUUGUCUUCUUUGACCCGGAUGCAAAGUCUUUGCGGGACCCGAUGAAGAUUAAGGCCAUUCGUCUUCAGGUCCAGAUGAGUCUGGAAGACUACAUUAAUGACCGUCAGUAUGACUCAAGGGGUCGUUUUGGGGAGCUGUUACUCCUGCUGCCCACCCUGCAGAGCAUCACCUGGCAGAUGAUCGAACAGCUUCAGUUCAUUAAGCUGUGUGGCCUGGCCAAGAUAGACAACCUUCUGCAGGAGAUGCUGCUGGGAGGUCUUACGUCAGAGCCCACACACCUGCACCACCAGGCACACACCCAGCUAGCCCAGGACCCUUUGACCGGACACACGCUGGUCAUCAGCACCCUGCCGGUCGCUCACACUACACAGAUAGCCACUCCAGACACUCCCAUCCCAUCACCCCCUCAGGGUCCGGCCCCAGAGAAGUACAAACACUUUACCCAUCCUCUUUGUCCUCCAGCCAGCCCCUCUCCUUCCACGCAGACAGAUCUCUGACUUGCCCCUGCACUCUGUCAAAGAAGCGGACACCGUUCCCCUGCCACCAAUCCGUCAUCCCAGUCAUAAGAUUGUGAAAGCAGUCCCCCGCUCAGGGUCUAUGGUUAGACUUUACCGUACGCCUUUUCCACAUGACCACUGGUGGUGUUGCAACAAGAACCCGAGACGUAAUAAAAGCUGCUCCGUGCAGCACUUUUAAACUUCAAUCUGACACUUUCCGAUUCAGAAAACCAAUGAAACCAGGGUUUAACAAAACGUAAUGUGCCUUAUUGUUGCUGGCUAAAAGUGAAAUACUCUUUUUUUUCAAUGCAGUAUCUAGAUUUUACAACCUUUUCAUGUCAGUAAGGUAUAUUCUCAUGGAAUGACGGCAGUGGAAAUGUUAAAAUAGUAGUGCGUUUAAGUAUAUACCAUCUUAAAAUUUUGUGUAGUGCUUAUUGACGGAUGACUUGCUUGAUUGCCUAUAAAAUCCAGAAAAUGCGUUAUAUAUCCAUAUGCUUCUCUGCUAUGAUAUCCUUAUAAUGUGUACAUUUAUGAAAUGGAAUUCAAUCAACGGAAAAAAAAAUCUUUGUUUUAUCAUCAACAAAUUACAGCUGGGCAAGAAAUAGAAAUGUAAUGCUCUGUUUUGUUCAUACAUUAACUCCAGUAGGACCAUUCCGAGCUGUAAACUGGUCUUAUAUCAGUCAUUGUGUUUGAAACAACUGGGAGGGAUUAUUGCUGAUUGGAACGAUUUAUAUGUUUUACCUAAAAACACAUUAUGGGUAAUACAGAUGAAGAAACUAUUUAAAGGUUUGUGAAGAAGGUAGAUUAUAUUCUGAAGAUGUAUGCAGCAGCUGAAAUAUGAUAAUACCAUAUCAUGUGUGGUGAAGAUUGACAUGACAUAAUAACACUCAUACAUCAAUAUACAUCAUACUAAAUUAAAAAGGAAAUGUAGAUAAAUUGUAAUAUUUUAACAACUUACUGUAAAUAGACAAAUAGAUGACAGGAAACAUUUGCAUCAUCAAAGUGUCUUUCUGUAUUCAACUUUUGAAAUCAGUAUUAUUAUUUUAGCUUGUGUAGAUUUCAUUAUUUAUGCAGUAUAUUGAUUAAAAUGCCAUUUUGAGUAUUCAUUUUGAACUGA